CGGCGACUUUGACGGAGCUCUGCUAACACUCGACAAGGCCUCGGACCUCGAAGGAAUUUCGGACCGAGACAAGAUACAGCUGCAUCGCGAAGCCGCGCGGGUCUUGAUGCGCCGGGGAUUUCCACUUCUUGCAAAGGAAUGCCUCGAUCAAGCCGUCGCGAUCCCCACGCAGCCAGACGACAGCACCGGACGCCUGUCUCUCCUCGUGCACAGAUGCUAUGUCUCAAGCGUGGGAUGUGGUGAGGAGCUCGAUGAUGAUGCCGAACAUGUUUUGGAAGAAGCUCAACAAUAUCUUGCAUCACAACUGAAUGUUGAUCGGCUGAGCGGGUCCGGUGAAACGCAGUCCGACGACUUGAAAGAAUGAGGGGCUCUAAUGUCAAGUCCCUUGCUGCUGCCAAGUUUGGCCUCUUGAUGCGACACCUAGAAAACGACAAACGCUAUUACGACAUUCAUACCAUCCUAGCCUCGUUUUUGACCUGCACCGCGGCCAAUCAAUGCAUCGAGCGACUCGAGUCCAUGCUCGCUUCAGAAGAUGUGCCGAACGUUUUUCGGGGGCUUUGGCUGAUCGCGCUGGCGAAGCAGUUGGCAAAAGCGUCGCGCAUCGAGGACAUGAAGUUGCGACUGGAAGAAGCCGACCGGGCUUUUCAGUCUUGCGCACACCGCUGGGGACUCCUAGAAACCCGGCUACUGCGGCUACAACACGGCCUAGCUACAUCUCCCAACACCCUCGCAGACCUGGUUGACCUCGCCCGUGAGCAUCUCCAAGCCAGUUUCCCAUACGGUGUGCUACAGACAAUACUCCAGGCCCUCAAUGUGGCCUUCAACAUGGGCGACUUUGCAAUUUACUUCAAACUGCAGGAAACCCUCCACAGCGUUUGCACAUCGACAGGCCUUGUCAAAGAAAAGAUGCUUCGCGAGAUCCAGCUACUCGCAGCCCUCAAUGCCAGCUCAGGUGAUGCUGGCAAGGUGCUGGAGCUUGGACAAAGCCUGUACGAGGAAUGCGUUCGCCGCAAGUAUUGGAUGCUGGCAUACCUGGCGGGCCGCGUUUUGUCUCUGGCCCACAUGCAACUUGCCAACUUGGACGAGUCUGAACGCCUGGCUCUCGAGAUUUACGACAUGUCUUCACGCGAAAGCUUGACAUGCGAGUCGCAGGCCGAAUACCAUCUAGGACACAUACGAAGCGCUCGAGCCACAGUUGAGGGAAACCCAUCAAUGCCACACAAGCUCCGAGAGAUUGUGGACUGGCUGCUCACCACCAUUCCAAACAAUGAUAACGUAUAUAGUGACCCAGAAGAGCUGGAAAUAGCCGCUGACAAGCUAUGUCUCAUUGCUAGCCUCGAACUGGAGAUGUCGAGGGACGGUGCGCCGGAUGAGGAGACGUUGGUAGUUAAAGCAAUGGAGGCAAUCGCUCGAGCACGACUCCUUGCCAAGAGCCUACCAGACGAUGAAUCCUCACGCAUAAAUGCAAACUGCGACGAUUUACUCGUCAUUCAGCUUCUCCAUGAUGGCAGAAGGGGAGUCGGGAACGGCUGCAAGGAAGUAGAAGCCAUUCGGAUUUGUGACAGACUCAUCGCUCAACACCAGUCCCGUGGCCCCAAGUUCACCGAAGCCAUGAAACACCAGAUGAGGGCCAACUGCCAGCUGCAAAGGGCCCAGAAGGAGACGGAUCUAGAAAAACGAGCCACUUAUCUCGGUUUAGCAGAAGCUGACAUUCUGCAAGCCGAGUCUCUUUUGACGUCCAUCCGUUCACGGCAACAAGUCAUGGUUGCCCGUCACUCUCUCUGUCGGCUGUACUUGAUGGCUAAAGGAAUCUAUCGCGGUCUCGUUUCGAACGAGGCCGUCCUACACACCCUGCAAGGCCUGGAAUCAGCCUGUGACAUGUUGCGGAGAGAGCUCUCUGCGCUCGGCAGUCUCGAAGCGUUGCGCCAAAAACAAAAGUUUGUUGCUGUCAACCAGGUACGCGAUCUUUACCAGUGGGCCAUCAGCGUCAGUAUCGGCGCCCGGGAUGAAGCGGCGACUUGGUGGUGGAGCCAGAAGCGCAAGGCCAGGAGCUUGAGUGACAUCCUCGGUAUUGGCAUCAUGGUACCAGCCGCAGUGCGGGAGAGGAUAGCACAGGAUAACACAGCCGCUGAGCUUUACCAGAAGCUCGUGUCGCUCCAGACAGCGCUCAGCACAGCAGCAGAAAUUGAGAGGGUGUAUAUCCGGCAAAACCUCGAGGAAACCGAGGACGAGAUACGAAAUCAUGACGCGUUCAGGGAAUUCAUCUUGUUGAGGGACGGAGCAGUUCGUAGCAUUGAUGACCUCGAAUUCAUCACAGUAUCACAUCAGGCCGGCCUACCAACAGAAAGGCGCAUCAUCUUCGUGGACUGGGUCCUCCACAACGACUCAGUCUUUGUCUUGACGGCAGAUUGCGCACGCCCUGCCGAGACUUGCAAGUUGACCAUGCUGCCGUUUGGCAAGUCUUACAUGGAUGAAUGGACCCGGCAACAUUGGCGAACCACAGAGGGACGGAGGGAAUGUCUCCAACGUGAUAACACAAAGGAUCCGUCCAAGCCGAUGCGGCAACUCGACCGUUUAAUCACACCAGUUGUCGACGCCUCUAAGCCGGGAGAUUUGCUUAUAUUUUCUCCAACCGGGUUUCUCUCCUCGCUGCCACUGCACGCUUUGAGGGUUAACAGUAGUAGGGACUUAGGCUUCAACGACAACAGGUACCUGAUAGAGCGCAACCCGGUAGUCUACGCACCGAGCGUCUCCAUCUUGCAAAUCUGUCUUACCAGAAGCAGAGAAGCCAGGGGACUAAAGUCACGGCCUUCUGUAUUCUUUGGCAUCAUGGAUGACGCCGAGCACGAGGCUCAGUUGAUUUACGAGCAACUGGAGGGCUUGGCGAUGCAGGACGAAAGUAGUCGUGCGUUUUGCGGCAACCGAGCGACUAAGGAGACUUUCACUAAGGUUGUACCCGGGGCCGGACUUAUUCAUUAUCACGGGCAUUGUAGGUUUGCAGUUGACAACCCGUUGAAGCAAUGUCUUGUUUUGGCCUCGGGUGACCCAGGUCCGGGUGGCCAACACUCAACUCAUCAACAUAAAGGGGAGGCUGGCGGGGGUGACAGCUCGCUUCACAGUUUAACCACGCAGCCUCGGGCACAAAGCGGCGAUCCUCGCGAAUCUGCGGAGGCAAAUCCCCCAAAGGCAACGAGGGAUCUACGGGGCGCUGCCAGAAUCAAUCCCCAAUUGGAGAACAUGCUAUCCACAGAAUCGGUCCCGGACCCCGGCAGUGGCCAUGAAGUCCUCCUGUCGCUGCAAGAGGACGACAACUCCGCCGACAACUUACUUCUGGUCCCUGAGGUAUUCAACCUGAGCCUUACAGCGCCGCUGGUAGUGCUGAUAGGAUGCGACUCGGCCUCGCAGCUGGUGUCGACCGGUGAUGAAUAUCUCGGGCUCAUCACCGGUUUGCUCUGUGCCGGUGCCGCGUCCGUCAUUGGCGCCUCUUGGCCGAUUCCCAGUGCCGCCGGUCGGGCUUUUUCCGGUGCAUUCUAUGCGACUAUGGCGUCCUCGGGCCUCGGCGGGCAUGGGAUGAUUGACUUGGCUGAGGCGCUUCAAGAAGCGGCAUUAACUGUCAUGGAUGAUCCGAUUACCUCGGCACCGUAUUAUUGGGCAGGAUUCUGCUUGUACGGGUCAUGGGUCUUUCGGAAAUGAUGUACCAUAAGAAGCGACGUAGAAGGCAUCUGGGAUCUCUUUACUACCCAGGUAGUAGUUCGUAGCGCUGCUCACCUCCUUGAGCUGCUAUCAUGUUGGCCUCCAGCCCGCGACGCUAAUGUAGGUUAGAAAGAGUCGUACUAGGGUUGGAAUUCCGGUAGGUAAGAAGGUAUUGUAGGUAUGCAGACUUGUAUUUAAAUUCUGGGUUUAUCAGUUUGCUAUUUGCUACCAACCUACG